AUGUCACGGCCAGCCGCCUCGAGGACACUGCACCAAAUCACAUGUUCAUGCACACGCCCAGGUCAGUACACCCGCCCACUCGCAACUCUCUUGCACACUCGGACCUUUUUUCCCACUCGGCACCUCUCCCGUCUCGUGUUGCCCAUCAGCCGUGAUCAUCAUUGACACGCCUCCCAUGGCCCUACAGUCCAACUCAAAACCCGACAAGCCUCAACUUCUGCCCAGGCCUCUUCUGCCUCUGAAACAUCAACCGCCACCUCGACCGAAACUGCUUCGACUUCUUCCUCCGCUUCGACUCCCUCCUCGUCUUCUUCCUCGACCUCGUCGUCGUCGUCGUCGUCGUCGUCGUCGUCGUCGUCGCCGCGCAUCGUCGCCGCAGCGCUCAUUUCCCGGCCACCUCUGCUCCUGCCUUCCCUGACUCCCUUUGAACGAACCUACUACGCCUACCAACGUCGCAUCGCGCGCGCGUUGGCCAAACCCGUCUCCGUCUCGACGUCGUGGUUCUUCAAGCCCAACUCGACGACCGAAAAGUCCUUCUCCGCCUAUGACCAAGCCACGACCGCGGUCGACACCGGUCUCGAGGAUCCGAUGAGGGAUUUCGAACUUGCGGGAGAACAGGUCGAGGGAGCGGCCGAGUUGGUGCAGAGGCACACGGAAGCGGAUGAGAAGGGGGAUCUCAAAAGUUUGGAGAGAAAGGGCGACCGGACGUUGUACAUGCUGCUCAAGAAGGACCGAAAGACCCAUGCAUGGCAGUUCCGUAAGUGAUGACGACCAUCCUGUUAUCGGAAAGCGGACCCAGUGUGCGUACUGACACUGCCUUCGCUGCAAUAGCCCAAGGCGGUGUCGAAGGCGACGAAUCUCUGCUCGAAGCUGCUCAGAGGGAACUGAUCGAAGAGACCGGACCCAACAUGGACGUAUGGCCCAUCGGUAAAGUACCCGCCGGGGCGUACUCGUACCCGUUCCCCAAGGAACAUCUCAAAAAGAAGCCGGAGCACACAGAAGCUAGGGUGAGAAGAAGGUCAAAUUCCGAACGCUGCCAAUUCGCUCGAUGGGCUGACUUGGGGACGGUCUCUUCUCCUCAGGUCUUCUUCCUUCCCAUGAGAAUUGUGCGAGGGCAGGCUGUACCGAACAAGAACGAAGGGCUGGUUGAUUUCGCUUGGUUGACCAAGGAGGAGAUUCGGGAAAAGGUUUCCCAGGGGUAUUGGGAAGCGGUUGAGCCCAUGUUGUCGGAUGUCUAG